AUGAAUGUCAUGUGGUUUUCACAGGCACUGAACAGUCGUCUCUCUCCUUACCUCUCCAUCUCUUCCACAAACAUUACUGCUAGUUCUACUGCUUCAGUAAGUAAUCGCACAUACACUUUCACACUGGAGAACAAGGAACAAAAACAGUUCUUAACAAAGGAGCCAUCUUCACACAGUGAUUGGCGAGGUCAACAAUCACCGGAUAGAUUGUAA